AUCCAACAACAGUGUUUUAGAGCUCUUUUUUAAGUGAGCUCUCGAAAACUCUUCAAUGAAACCCAUCCUAUAAAUACCAAUCCAAAUGGCAGCAUUACUCCAUUUUCCUCCUCUUUCUCACUCUCUCUCUUUUCUCCCUUACAAUUCAAAAUCUCCAAAUCUCUUCUUCACUCCCAAACGCCAAACCAACCGAUUCCUUCUCUUCUCCGCCACCGCCAUGGCUGCUGCUCCUCCCACUGCUCGCAAGGUUUUGGUUCCGAUCGCUAAUGGUACGGAGCCGAUGGAAGCGGUGAUCACCAUUGAUGUUUUGCGAAGAGCUGGAGCUGAUGUUACCGUUGCUUCUGUGGAGAAGGAGCUUCGUGUUGAUGCUUGUCAUGGUGUUAAGAUCAUCGCUGAUGCUUUGAUUACUGAUUAUGGAGAACAAGGAAUCUUCGACCUCAUUACUCUACCUGGAGGCAUGCCUGGAGCUACCAAUCUUAAAAACAGUGGAAUUCUAGAAAGCAUGGUCAAGAAGCAGGCUGCAGAUGGGCGGCUUUAUGCUGCAGUUUGUGCUUCCCCUGCGGUGGCUCUCGGAGCUUGGGGUUUGUUGAAGGGUGUAAAAGCAACGUGUUAUCCGGCAUUUAUGGAACAAUUAGCCUCUACUGCAAAUGCUGUUGAAUCAAGAGUGCAAAUGGAUGGAAAAGUUGUAACAAGUCGUGGACCUGGGACUACAAUGGAAUAUGCUGUUGCACUGGUUGAGCAGUUGUAUGGGAAGGAAAAAGCUGAUGAAAUUUCUGGCCCGCUGGUAAUGCGAUCCAACCAUGGUGAAGACUAUACUAUAAAGGAGCUUAAUCCUGUGCAAUGGACAUUCAAUGAUGGCCCUAGAAUUCUUGUACCUAUUGCCAACGGUACAGAGGAAAUGGAAGCUGUUAUGAUCAUUGAUAUUUUACGAAGAGCAAAAGCAAAUGUAGUUGUGGCGUCUGUUGAGGAUAAAGUAGAAAUUCUGGCUUCUCGCCAAGUCAAACUCGAAGCAGAUAUGCUUCUCGACGAGGCCGCCAGACUUUCGUACGAUGUCAUAGUUUUGCCAGGCGGACUUGGUGGUGCUCAAGCUUUUGCAAACUCAGAAAAGCUAGUAAACUUGUUAAAGAAGCAACGGGAAUCGAAUAGACCUUACGGAGCCAUCUGUGCUUCCCCAGCUCUAGUCCUCGAGCCCCACGGCUUGCUCAAGGGGAAAAAAGCAACAGCAUUUCCUGCUAUGGCGAACAAACUGUCGGAUCAGAGCGAAGCCGAAAACAGGGUGGUGGUGGAUGGAAACCUAAUCACCAGCAGAGGUCCAGGAACUUCCAUGGAGUUUGCUCUGGGCAUUGUAGAGAAACUGUUCGGACGGGAGAAAGCGUUGGAGCUUGCCAAGACAAUGCUAUUGUAAGCCUCUACUCCCAUAACAUCUCUCUCUAUAUAUAUAUCUAUAUCUAUAUAUAUAUAUAUAUAAAUGAGAUGAUAGAAGUGGUUGGAUUCAUGUUUGAAUAUGAAUCCACUAGGCUUACUUACUCACGUACGUGAUGUUGGUUGUGUAUAAAAUAAAGUCCCAAAGAUUUGGUUUUCAACAUUUUAUGUGUCUCUGAAAUGAUCUUAUUUGAGUUAUCUCAUCAAUUACUGUUUUGCUA